ACAGAUAUUCAUUUGUAUUCGGCAAGCCAAAUUCCACGUCCACCAGAGAGUGCCUUGAAGGCGCUCCGCCCCGGGCCAAAGAAGACAACCCACAAUCCCGGACAGCCAAUACAUGAAUACGUCUCAUUCUUCUAUCACUCAGUCGAUAAGAGCUGCAUCCCAUCUGAAGUAGAGUUCCAGCACAUCAAAGCCAAGUCUAUCACUGCCAAUGAAAAGUUCAAGGUGCUCAAGGAUGUCCAGAUGGAUACAUAUGUCGAUGUGAUAGUUCAACUAGUCAGACAGCCCUACGACACCGCCGACAGAAUCACUCUCUGGAUAUCGGAUUUCUCUGAAAACGACAGCUUCUUUCAUUUUGCAUGGAAGGGGCCUGCUAUUCGUGCAGAUAAGCCCGUGGAUCCCCAUGAGUCUGAAUACGACAUGCCAUACGGUGCAGGCUCAGGAGGGGAGUGGAAAGGUCCGUUUGGGAAACGAAGCAUGCAAGUCACUUGUUACGAUCAACAUGCGGCAUACAUCAGAGAUCAAAAACUUUCUAUGGGCUCUUGGGUCAUGCUUCGAAAUCUUCACAUAAAAUACGGACGUAACGCCGCAAAUCUCGAGGGCUUCUUACGAGGAGAAAGAAAUGAUUCAGAUCUAAAGAUUAACAUCACGCAGAUGGAUACCACAGAUACGGAGUCUCCUGAUCCUCGCCUCAAAGAGGCUCUCCGCCGUAAACUUGCCUAUGAAAAGUUGAAACAGGCUGAAACGCAAGAGAUAUUCAACGCAUCAUGGGCCGGAAAGAAGAGAAAGAGUGACUUGGCUGAAAUGGGGAUCACAUCAAGCGAUAAGCCAAAGAGGAACAAGAACAAGAAUAAGAAUAAGAAUAAGGCAAAGAAGAAAUCAAUGGGACAUGAAGAGUCUGUGACAUCGUCAGCUGCAGUGUCGACUAUAUCUUCAACAAAUGUCAAUAAUUCAAAUGUCAAAUGCGAUUACGAAAACAAGACCAUCAGCACCUUUGAGGACAUCUUGGAUCCUAUAUACCUCAAAACGAAAGUCAACGACCAGGAAGUCGAAUUACAGCUUCCCUUUGUAAACUUGAACUACCGCGCGGACGUGCGAAUCAUCAAUUUCAUGCCUCAUGAUCUCAGAGAUUUUGCUCAGCCAAAAAAGAUUUCGGAAUACGCGAUACUUUCUGAUUAUGAGGAAUCGGACGCGGAUUCCGACGAAGAGAGACGGUCAACAGCGGACCCUGACGAGGUGCGACAAUGGGAAUGGCGAUUCUUCUUGGAAUUAGAAGAUGCCAAUUCCCCCAAAGACCAAGGGGGAAAGAAGAAAACCCUCUGGGUAGCAGUAAACAACUUUUCUGCACAGUGUCUUUUGAAUCUGGACGCUUCUGAUUUGCAUCAAGACGACGACAAUCUCGAUAUUCUACGUGACCGGCUAUUUCUCUUAUGGGGAGAAUUAGAAGAAAAGAAGAGCAUCGGAGAAGCAAACAAGCGCCGCGCAGCUCGGGUAGCUCUAGCAAACACAGCUACGAAUCGGCCUCCAUCGCAUAGUUCCGACGAUGAGGGCACUGCACCGCAGCAACAAGAAAUAGAACUACGAUCGUCGCAAAUCAGCAACCUGCCAUUUAGUUGCUGCAUUCGCCAAUACGGAGUCAAAGUUGGCGAAGAGGAUCCAGCCAAGGCGGACGCAGGCGAAGGCAAGAGGUGGCAGCGAAUGUUUGGAUUGUUCGGAACAAAGAUC